GAAUCACCACUUUUGAGCCUGGUGUCUAUUCAAAAUGCUAAUAAUGGUUCUUGGUCACUUGGUUCUGUCCUCCUGGCCAGCAUCCUAGGCCUGAACGAGGCUGAGAUAUCAAGCAAAAACACCUGCCCAGUUCAUAUUCCACCUGUACCUAAAGAUGCAAUGGAAAAAUAGAGGCACCAGUGUCCAGUAAGGAAUUUGUGGACCCUCCCUGGCUGGAGGCAGGAGUAACGGGAAGUCCCUCUGCAUUCUGCUCAAAAAGGUUUACUUUCGCUUUUGCUCCGCUGUUUGCAGAGCAAGGCGAGGGGCGAAGGACGUCGAGUUUUGGGGGCGCUUUGAGUUGUGGUGAAUCGCUGGGAAACCAAUCCCUCUGCAAAGACUAUUGCUGUUGGCCAUGACUGUCUGUGGCCUUGUCACAAACUCUCGGGAACCUGUGCCCUUGAAGAGCAUCUCUGUGGGUGUGGUGGUCCGAGGCUUUGUGGCUGACGUAGUGUCUGAGCUUCGCUACCACAAUGAGGAGAAGUCCCCAGUGGAGGUGGUGUUUGUCUUCCCUCUGGAUGAUGAAGCCGCCGUGUAUGCCUUCGAGGGCCUGAUUGGUGGGACACGGAUUGAGGCCCAGAUCCGAGAGAAGAAACAGGCAGAGCAGGAAUAUGAGGAUGCCUUAAGUGAAGGCCGGCAGGCUUUCCUGCUUGGAAGAGAAGAAAACACCAGUGACAUUUUCACCUGCAGCUUGGGUAACCUCCCUCCCGAUGGGGAGGCCACGCUGAAGCUCUCCUACGUCCAGGCCUUGGCUCCAGAGCCCGAUGGGGCCAUCCGCUUUGUCCUGCCCGCUGUCCUCAACCCCCGCUAUGCACCUCAGGGUUCAGAAGGGGGCAAUGUCACCAAGAGCAUACCACGACUGCCCAAGGGGCAGCUUCCCUACACUCUCAGCCUCAGUGCCACCCUGGAGUCACCUUAUGGCAUCAACUGUGUGGAGUCCAAAUGCACCCUUGAGCCCUUGCGCUACAGGGCAGAAGAUCGUACGAUUGCCCAGGUCUCCUUGGCCGAAGGGCACCAGUUCGACCAAGACGUGGAGCUGCUGAUAUAUUACGAGGACGUUCACAAGCCCAGCGCCCUCCUAGAGGCUGGGAAGCCUGGGGCUGCCCCAGGCUCUCUGAUGGGGGACCCAGCACUCCUGCUCACCCUGUACCCCAGUGUCCCUGCCCCAAAACCAGGCCAGAAGGCGACUGGAGAAUUUCUCUUCCUGCUGGACCGCUCUGGAAGCAUGGAUUCCUGGACUGACCGGAACCCUGAUUCCCCAACGCGGAUUCAGAGUGCCAAGGAGACCCUGAUUUUCUUGCUGAAGAGUCUCCCUCUGGGAUGUUACUUCAACAUCUAUGGAUUUGGAUCAACCCAUGACUCAUUCUACCCGCAGAGUGUAGAAUACACCCAGGAGACCAUGUCCAAGUCCCUCCAACGGGUGAAGGAGCUGCAAGCCGAUCUGGGGGGCACAGAGAUUCUGCGGCCACUGAAGGCCAUUUACAGCCAGCCGUGCCGGGAAGGGUUUCCUCGCCAGCUCUUUGUGUUCACGGAUGGAGAGGUGUCUAAUACAGAUAAGGUCAUUGCUGAAGUUCAACAUCACAGCAGCUCCCACAGGUGCUUCUCCUUCGGCAUUGGCGAAGGGGCCUCCACAGCCCUCAUCAAAGGAAUUGCCCGUGCGGCCGGAGGAAGUGCUGAAUUCAUCACAGGCAAGGAGCGCAUGCAGGCCAAGGCCCUGCAGUCUUUGAAGAAGGCCCUGCAGCCAGCCGUGACCAGGAUCUCUCUGAGCUGGGACUUGCCUCCUGGUCUGAAGGCUGAGCUUGUGGGGUCAGGCCCACAGGUCAUCUUCCAGGGCCAGCGCUGCCUCAUUUAUGCCCAGAUCCAUGGGCAGGACCAGUCUUCAGGCUCCACAGAAGGGACUGCUGUUCUUCAGUACCAGUUCCAAGACCAGACUUUCAAAGAAACAAUGAAGUUCUCACAGUCUCAGGAGACUGACAGGCUUCCUGUUCACCGUCUGGCGGCUCAGACCCUCCUAAAGGAACUGGAGGAGUGGGAGAAGGGAGAAGAAAAGCAGCGCCUGGCACUGGAGACGAGCCUGAGCUCUGGGGUGGUGUGCUCACAGACGGCCUUUGUGGGAGUGAACAUGGAGCUGGGCACAGCACUUCAAGGGCCCCUCAGCCGCCGAGACAUUCCCCAUGCAUUACAAGGCGGAAUGGCAUUGUGCUAUGCACAAUCUGCAUCUCUAGGCAUAUCAUUUUCACGAAUGCCAACGGCGGGUUGCAACCCGAUGGUUUCCUGCUCUCCUCCUCCCACGCAACAUCCUCGCUUGGUUAACUCAGCCGGUCUAUUCAAGGGCAAACGAGCUAUGAGAAAGAUGUGUGGCUUCCCGCUGCAGUCAUCACCUCCUCCUCCCAUUCAAAAUUCUUACUCUGCUAAGUCCUCAGAGCCCACUCCCAAGGAGAAGGAAUCGCCUCUCUUGAGCUUGGUGUCUCUGCAAAAUGCUAAUGGCUCUUGGCCACUUGAUUCUGGUCUGGCCACCAUCCUAGACCUGAGUGAGACUGAGAUCUCUAGCAAAUCACCUGCCCAGGUGACUCCAGAUGCAUGGGCGACUGUUCUGGCCCUUCUCUGGCUCCACUCCAGUGCCAUAGACCAGAGGGAUGAAUGGGAAUUACUGGAAACUAAAGCUCUCAGCUGGCUCCAGGCGACUGCAGGGUCCCAGCUGGCUCAGUGCGUGAAGGCUGGCAAUGAGAUGCUGGGCAGCAGCGUGAGCCCAGAGGCUUUUGGGAUCUGAGUUUGGCUCUGUAGCCUUGUGCUUUUUAAAACAGGAGUUUCUGCUGCACUCUUCUUUUCUUCUCCUGCCAAAGUAUAGCUGGCUGCCAUCUUAUAAAGCUCUUGUCACUCCCUUGUCACUCCCUGAUUCCUCCAUGUCUUCACUGCAAGAAGUGCUGGAGUUUCCUCUCAUAUGGAGAUGCCUUAUAUUGGUCUGCUGUGCUUUAAGCCAGCACUCUGUGCUAGUGAGGGUACAAAAAUAAUAAUAAUACUGAAAGGAAUUACAAACUGCAAAAUAAACAACCAUUCAGUACUUAAAUGAAAUGUUGUUACAAACCAGGUUUGGCCACUUUUCUGCUUUAACCUGAAACCCAAAUCACUAUCUAAAUUUUGAACACCGUCUGUUCUCUAUACUGUUUGUUCCAGCAGAUUAAAACAAUAGUUUAUAAUCUACCUACACCCAAAUGCAUGAUGUCAGUAGAAAAGGGGAGCAAAUAGUUUGAGAGUUAAUACUGGACAGGUGGGUACUGAAUAUGUCUUUUAGUGGAAAGCCACAUUUCUCUUCAGUGUUCCAGACCUUUAAAAGCUCAGAUGGAUAAAAGCCUUUACAGCUCUGCAGUUCCAGUCUAUGCACUCUGCCAAAGCUGAAGGAUGCUAUCACCCUAUUCCUUAUGAAGAGAGAGUUUGCCAAUGUGCCUGAAGAUUUACUCUACUGCCUACUGGUUUGUCCAAUCUACAAGGACUUAAGAGCAGUCUUGUUCAAAGAUUUAAAACUCUCAGCUGAGAGAUCUGUUGGGUAUCCCAUUAAUUAUUUUUUAGGGGACAGGUCCCCCUACACCUUAGAAAAAUGUGGACUGUUUUGCCUUCAGAGCAGCAAGCCUAAGAAGAAAAGUUUGUGAUGGCUGACACCAUAAUCAUGUAUUUUCUAUGAUUUUCUAUAAUUCUUAUUUUCCAUUUAAUAAUAUACAUUCACAUCAUUAUUAUCCACUUUACCUCCCUGGCUCUUUAGACUCUAUCGACUUGCUUCCCUCCUGUCUCAUGGCUUUCAAAAUUAACCUUUGUAUCAUUGCAUUUUGUACGUUUUCCAAUUCUAAUUACUCAUUACAAAACAGCUCAAAAUUUAAAUAAAUAUAGAAAGGUAGAAAAUGUCUCAUUACAAGUCUUCAGACACCCCUGCUAGUGAUGUUAAUUGCAUACAAUAAUCUUUCAUAUCAUAAAUUUCAUAUAUAUCUCAUAUAUCAUAUAAAUUUACUCCAGUCCUUUUGGAAUACUUGAUCAUGUAUUCUCAUUCUUCCUCUCUUAAGUUUGCAUUUCAGCAUCAUGACAGAGAUGGUACAAAUCACAAACGGAGUAAAGGAAAAAACUGAAAGUGUCUUUAGCCAUGACCUUUAAAAACAAGUGCAAAACAGGAAAUGUAUGCCUUGCGGGCAGGCUGACAGGUAGAUCAUAACAGAUUUAUAUCUGUGUAAUUGGGGAUCAGGGUUCAGCCUCUAAUUGCCUUCUCUGAUUGCUUGCUGUAUUCUGCUGGAGCAAGAAAUAAAACUGCUUUUAAGAGAA